AAUACCAGAAUUUAGGGAAAAAAAAAAAAGCUUUUAACGGACUCGGAAGGAUCCAAUCCCCUCCACUUUCAUGAUCACCGGUCGCCGCGUGUCCGUACAACCGCCACUCCGGCCGGAGAGAGGCCAGCUCGCCACCGUGACCUCCAGUGAAGUGCCGCCGCGGAGCUGCAGCUGAAGUUAAUAACGCUGCGGUCGUGGUUCGGACCGAUCCAUUGCUUCCCUCGCUUACUCUAUCAGCUCUGGCCUCCCGGGGAAAUCCAAACAGGAAAAUGGCUGAGUGGUCCAUGAUGCCGCAUGAGCUCCUCGACGAGAUCUCCGAUCACCUUGAUGCCCGGUCCGACGUCGUCCGCUUCCGAUCGGUGUGCUCCACGUGGCGGUCCGCGGUUCCCCCCGGCCGGAGGCUGCUGCCUCCGCGGUUCCCGAUCCUCCCCAACGAGGGCAUCGCCGACUUCACCCUGGGGUUCUGCCUCUCGAAGAGAAGCGUAUACCUUCUCAGCGUGCCCCACUAUCCCCCCGGCCAGGUGGACCCUCACCGGCGCGGCUCCAGCUGGCUGAUCAAGGUCAAGGAGGACGUCCCUAACCGGAUGGCCCUCCUCAACCCGCUCUCUAGGGUUGAGUCCGGGCCUUUCCCCAAUAAUUUCCCGAGGGUCCUCGACACCUCGAAGAUUAGGGUUUCGGAAUUGGCCAGUGAGUUCGUGAUGCAGUACAUGACCUACCCGCAUCUGGCUCGGGACCCGGUCAGUAACGGACUCAAUAUAUACAUGGAAAAGGUUGUCUUUAUGGGAUUGAAUUGCACGGAAUUUGUCGUGCUGACAAUCCAUGUUUCCGGGAAAUUGGCUGUGUACAAAUCUGGGGACAAGAGGUGGAGUAUUAUCGGUGACAUGCCCUCUCCCUAUGAUGAUGUGAUACUGUUUAAGGAUAAAUUUUUUGCUGUUGAUGGCACCGGGAGGACUGUGAAUGUCGGGUUGGAUUUGAAAUUGACUGAGGUUGCAGGUCCGACUUUUGGAGGUGACAAGAAGUUCUUAGUCGAAUCGCUCGGGGAGUUGCUGCUGGCCGAUAUGUAUUUAACUGUCUAUGCUGAUUAUGAGGGCCCGGUGGAUGUGGAGCCGGAUGAGUUCAACUCAAUUGUUACUGAGAGGACUGUCAAGUUUAAGGUUUAUAAGUUAGAUCUUAAGGAGAAGAAGUGGGUCGAGGUUCGUGAAUUAGGGGAUAGAGUGUUGUUCCUGGGAGAGGACUGCACGUUUUCUGCGUCAUCCUCUGACCUGAAGGCUUGCAAGGGCAAUUGUAUAUUCUUCACUGGUGAAUUCUACUACUCGAAUGGGGAUGAUGAUGGUAUCUUCCAGGGUCAUGAUAUUGGCGUGUUUGACAUGGGGACUGGUCGUAUUGGGCCUCUAGACGAUUAUAUCGGUUACUCUGAGCUGUUCUGGCCACCUCCAGAAUGGAUCACCUCAAGGACAGCAGAGGUGGAAGGCCAAUUGGAGUUACUGGCUCUGUAAGACGAGAAAUUCUUGCAGAACUGGCAUUGUAUGGGACAAUGUGCGGGAUAACCUUACAUGCUGAGAAUAAUGUUUGCUUGUCUGGGGAAGGCUCAUCUUUGGAGUAGGUUCUAAUAUAUUUUUCAACUGAAAUGAUUGUAAAGGUGCUUUGCUUAUAGCGAAAUCCUACAGGUCCUGUAAAUAUUUAGGUUUCUUAUUCCAUAGGGUCUAUUGCUGAACCUUCCAUCUCUCGUGUAAAGGUCUUGUUUAUUGCUUUCUCCAGACAUGCUCAAUUCGUUUCCAAAUCUAUGAAGAAGCAUUUUCAUAAGCA